AAAAAAAUCCCUAAACCCCUACAAAAACCUAAAAACAAAGCCUCCGGCUCGAAAUCGUCGCUCCUUGAAGCUCCAGCGGCCAUGGCUUCCUCCCUCCACCCUGCUAAUGCCUUCCACCUUAUCUCUUCCACUUCUUCCUCCUCUCCAAAGCUCUUCUACCCAUGGAUCUCUUUUCCAUGUAGCCACUGGAAGAGUUGUCAUCGUCGAGGUCAUUCUACAGUGCGGUGCUCCUUCUCCUUAGACCCCGUCGAGUCUGCGAAAAUCAAAGUGGUGGGCGUUGGAGGAGGCGGGAACAAUGCUGUCAAUCGUAUGAUUGGAAGCGGGUUGCAGGGUGUGGACUUUUAUGCCAUUAACACUGAUGCUCAAUCUCUAUUGAAUUCACAAGCAACAAAUCCGCUGCAAAUCGGAGAGCUUUUGACACGUGGUCUUGGGACUGGUGGAAAUCCUCUUCUUGGAGAGCAAGCAGCUGAGGAAUCCAGAGAAGCCAUAGCAAAUGCUAUUAAGGAUUCAGAUCUUGUUUUUAUUACAGCAGGUAUGGGUGGUGGCACAGGAUCUGGCGCCGCACCUGUUGUUGCACAGAUAUCAAAGGAAGCUGGCUAUCUGACCGUUGGAGUGGUUACUUAUCCAUUUAGCUUUGAGGGCCGCAAAAGAUCAUUGCAGGCUCUGGAAGCCAUAGAGAAGUUACAGAAUAAUGUUGAUACUCUUAUUGUGAUCCCCAAUGACCGACUCUUGGAUGUUGUUGAUGAGCAAACGCCUCUUCAAGAUGCAUUUUUUCUUGCUGAUGAUGUUUUACGCCAAGGUGUUCAGGGAAUUUCAGAUAUAAUAACAAUUCCUGGACUAGUCAACGUAGAUUUUGCUGAUGUAAAGGCUAUUAUGAAGAACUCUGGCACAGCAAUGCUUGGUGUAGGUGUUUCAUCCAGCAAAAACAGGGCACAAGAAGCUGCCGAGCAAGCAACCUUGGCGCCCCUUAUUGGUUCAUCUAUUGAGUCUGCUACAGGAGUUGUGUACAAUAUAACUGGUGGAAAGGAUAUCACUUUACAAGAAGUUAACAAAGUUUCACAGGUUGUCACUAGCCUUGCAGAUCCCUCUGCAAACAUAAUUUUCGGUGCGGUCAUCGAUGAUCGCUACACCGGCGAGAUCCAUGUGACCAUCAUUGCAACAGGUUUCUCAGAAUCUUUCCAGAAAACUCUCUUGGCUGAUCCAAAAGCAACUAGGAAAUCAGAACCCCAACCGCAUGAAAUGAAAGUUGGAUCAGUCCCCACCAACUCCUCACCAGCCACAUCUAGGCAGCGCAAGCUCUUCUUCUGACGACCUUUUACUCCCUUAUCUUAUUAGUUCCAUGCCUCCAGGUGAUGUUUCUUAGGCUGAAUUGGAAUUUUUCUAUAUGCAUAUUGGUCUUUGUACACUUUCUUGUAAAUGCUAAGCCACAAGCUGAGUUCUUUAGAGAUCAUUCAUUAGGCUAGACAUGUUCGGUUCUAUUAUGGAGUGUGGCAUAUUUUGGAUUCAUUUCUUCUUGUGUUGCUAAGUUGUUAUUUCCAAUAUAAAAUUAUUAUGUAUGAAUUCAUUAUUAAUUAGAAAUGCCCUAAAAAUUUGGGCUUUUAUUU